AUGCGACCCAGUUCAAGGUCUAAAUGCUGCAACACAUGUGCAAUGGCCCCUCCUGAUCCUCAUCGCUGGACUUAUACCGAUUAUGUCUGUUUUUUGCGAAGUCAUGGCUUUCACAAUCUUGCUUGUUUGGACGACUACCUUCGAUGGGGAGCUGAUGCCAGGCGAAAUCCCUCUAUGCCACAACCUCAGAGAUCAACAUCCAUACUCUUGGAAUUUGGAACCACUGGUUUUCGAACAUCAGACCUCACCGACCCGUCGAAAAUGAGACUUCUCCUGAGGGAAUGGACCAAGACACAGCCGACUGACAGCCCACAAUCGCAAAAUGUCCAAGGUCGCAUUAUUAUGGUCAACAAUAUUAACCCCGAGAUCGUCGAUACCUUGGGUGGGAUACUAAACAUUGAACCCGCUUUCUUUGCAUCCCAUAUUGCCGACCCAGGUCUUGGAAACUUGGGUGAAAUCAAUACCGGUUCGCCGCUGGCCUCAACAAACCUUCGUCACCAAAAGCAAUUUUUCAAUCUAGAGUAUCCUUGUGCUUUUAUUCCGGCCAGUUGUGGGAAGGACGUCGACAUCGAUAAGUUAUGCUGCAAAGGAAACUAUCGUCGGAGAGUGGAAGUGUGCUCGAGACACGGCAAGCAAAGGGUUGCUGUUGCACGCCGAAAGAUUUCCUUUUACAUGAAGAAAACCUUGGAUCCAUGGUUAUGUGUCGUGCUAGUGGACCCUCCCAUAUCAUUUUUUACUCUAGGAGUUGAAACAGCAUUCGGGGAGUACUCGCCUUCUCAAAGGCUCGAGGUGACCGGAUAUCAAGGUGGGUAUCUCGACUUUCUAGAAACCCGGAAGCCCGCCAACAAAGACGACCAUGACUUCCGAGCCUGUGGAUCUAGGCCCAUGUGCCCCAAUCCCUUUGAUGACCUCUGUCGGCACUGGCAGAUCAUGGCCCAAGCAGGGACUCUACACCCAUUAGAUAAAAACCUGGUCAACCUCAUGAAACCGGCCUUUCAGAUAGCGGCAAGUGAAUGUGCGAAUUUCUUCGAAUACAUUCGAGCGAGCCUGGAGAGCCAGCCGAUAUCGACAUCCUUCGCUUCGGAUUCCAUCAAGACGAGAAAGACCCUUGAUCGAUGCAUCUCGUUAGACUCCAUGCUGAGCCGAUACAAGCCGAUCCUCACCAAAAUCAAAUCCUAUGUAUCCAGUGACUCCGACCUGACGGACGACUACCGGAGCCUACUGAUCGACCUGCACCACUACCGCGCCGAAUGCGAUUCACAGAUGCAACACAUCCUCGCGGUGUCGCAAUGUCAAGACUCGGCGGCGCUGACAUCCAUCAAGGGCGAAUCCAUUCGACACGCCGACUACUCACGGUAUCUGACCAUCAUCGCCCUGAUCUACGCCCCCUUCGCGCUGGCAUGCGCCAUCUUCAGCCUACCGCAUGAGUUCGCACCCGCAGCCCAUUACUUCUACGGCUUCCUCCCUGCCACCGCCGGCGUCGCCGUCCUGUUCCUCCUCCUAGUCCUGCCGGAAGCCCGCGACCCACUGCCCAGCAUCAAGGCCGCAUUGUGCGGGAAACUGACCAAGAAGAAACUCCUGGCCAAAUCCUCCACCAGUCGAUCCAGCGUCGGCGAAAAAAGGACCCUCGAGGAAGUCUGA